AUGGCUCGUAUAUUUGAUUUAUGCACCAUCCUUGACAGACUGAUGGGUGGCUCAACCAUUGUCGUGCAUCAUCCAGGCACCAUACCUCCAAACAUGCCCAUUGUUCCUGAAUCUCUCAAGGCUGAUAUCUACAUUAACCCCAAAGUCCUUCUUGAGCACCGCAAGCUACAUCCUGUGGUCGCCAAGAUCACUCAACUCUUCCUUGCGAAAUAUGCAACUCCUCUUGCUCGAAGCUUCACGUUGUCCUGUACUAAGAAAGGAUGGAGAGCAGCAGGAAGUUUGCAAACUCCUGCUAAAGGCAAAGGCAGGGCAGAGACUAGCCUAUUGCCAUUUAUUCCACCUCCAAUCACCCCAUCAUCUUUGCACUUCGUCCUUCCAGGCCACCCAGAUGGCUCACUGGAGGUCCUCUUAUUAACCGACUCCAAUAUCUUAUCUUACGUUCCACACUAUGAUACUCAAAUUAUGUGGGUGGCGUCUCAGGUUGGUGUGCAGAGCUCUGGCAAUUGUGGCCAUGACAGCACUGUCAACAUUAAUGUCCCCAUCUCCGACAAUGCGGCUCUUAUUACGCCAAUGAAAAAGCCAAAAGUGCACUCACUUCGGGGAAUGAUCAAGGACACUCACAUCACCGUGGUUGACUCGUCGAGUGACUCUGACACUUGCCCAUCUUCACCAUGGUCUUAUCCUAAGGUUACAUUCUCAAACCAGAAGGAUAAGAAUUUUCGGGCGGUACCAUUGGCAGCUCUACCCACCAGUGUCUUCAGCUCCAUUGGCCAAUUAUUUGGUCAUCAUCCCUUUUGGUAA